AUGCUCAACCUCACUUCCAAGGCGACGCACCCGCCCGACAGGGCACACAUCCCGACGUUUGAGGACCUCGGCGUCGAGCUCAACCCCGAGGCGGUCGAGCUGGCCAACGACCCGGCUAGGUUGGCUAAUGCUAUCGGAGGUAACGGCGUCAAGGACCUCUUCGCCUCCCCCGUCGUCUUCAUCUCCUCGGUCGCCGCCUGCCUCGGCGCCCUCCUCUUCGGCAUGGACCUCGGCAUCCUCCAGCUCACCCUCACGAUGCCGCAGUUCAAGAACCAGUUCCCGCAGUCGGACCCGGACCAGGACCGCCACGGCAACCUGAACCGCGGCAUCAUGGUCGGCCUGCUCGAGCUCGGCGCCUUCUUCGGCGCCCUCGCCGCGGGCUAUGUCGCCGACCGUUUCUCGCGCAAGACGUCUAUUCUCAUCGGCUCCAUCUGGUUCAUCAUCGGCAGUAUCCUCCAGACCGCGUCAUACGCCUUUUCGAUGCUGGUUGUCGGCCGUUUCGUGGGCGGAAUCGGCGUCGGCAUGCUCUCGUCCACGGCGCCGACCUACAUCUCCGAAUUGGCACCCCCCAACAUCCGCGGCGCGCUCCUGGUGCUCGAGGUGGCCUGUAUCAGUACAGGACAAGUCGUUAUGUACUACAUCACCUACGGUUCGCGCCACAUCAAAAACGACUGGUCUUUCAGGGCGCCUUUCGCGCUUCAAAUGCUUCCGUGUGUGCUUCUUUUGGCGUGCCUGGUCAAGCUGCCGUACUCGCCACGAUGGCUCUGCCAGGCGGGGCGCGACCUCGAGUCCCUCGACACGCUCUCGCGUCUGCGCGGUCUGCCCACGUCCGACGCACGCGUGCAGGCCGAGUGGAUCCAGAUCCGUGCACAGUCCAUCCGGAACCGCGAGGUGCUGGUCAACGCGCACCCAAAGCUCGAAAACUCGCCGUUCCGCCUCGAGCUCGCCGCCUGGAUCGACAUGUUCAAGCCCGGCGUUAUCCAGCGCACCUACAUCGGUAUCAUGCUGCAGCUUUGCCAGCAGUUUAUGGGGAUCACUGCGAUCCUCCUCUACACUCCCCUCCUUUUCGGCAUGCUCGGCAUGGACUACGAGAUGCAGCUUCACCUUUCCGGAGCCAUCAACCUCACCCAGCUCCUCGCCAUCUCGCUUCCCAUCUUCUAUCUCGACAAGGUUGGCCGCAAGCCGCCCCUGCUCCUCUCGGGCAUCUGCAUGGCGAUUUCCCAGUACAUUGUCGGCGCCCUCGUCGCCCGCUUCUCCCACGACUGGCCAGGCAACAAGAUGGCUGCCCACGCUGGUGUCGCGUUUAUCUACAUCUACAUUCUCGUCUACGGCUGCGGUUGGGGCCCGAUCCCUUGGGCUCUCCCCGCCGAGGUCCACUCGUCCGCCCGUCGCGCCAAGGGUGUCGCUCUGACAACGUGCACCAACUGGUUCGGGACGUUCAUCAUCGGUGUCAUCACUCCGGUCAUGAUGGACAGCAUCGGCUACGGCACAUUCCUGUUCUUUGCGUCGGUCGCGACGCUCGCCCAGGUCUGGGUCUUCUUCUGCGUGCCCGAGACCAAGGGCCUGACGCUCGAGGAGAUGGACAAGCUCUUCCACUCGCACUCGAGUGUCGAGGAUGCGCAGAACGUUGAGCAGCUCAUCCACAUGAUCUGCGAUGACCGCCAUGCCAGCGCCAACGGCUCGUCGGACGAUCUCAAGGGUGUCGAGGCGCGCAUCGAGAAAGUGGCGUAA